AUGAAUCUCGAGACCGGGGAGAGUUUUUGCAGUAAAUGCGCAAGAUUCUAUAUCGCCGAUGACUUCCAAAUUAACAAACAGGGGAAGCGAAACAAAACUUGCAAGCGCCACACAAAAAAACGCGUCACGUCGUUCGACGCUUGGGAUGAUUUCAUUGCUCUUCUUCGGAAUUGGAAGAAACCAGUACGUGAAUACACACGCGCUAAUCCGGACCAAAACACUACUCUGAAUGGGAAUUUUACGUUCUGCCUGGAUGCUCUCCCGGUCAAUUUCGGCUUUCUACGCGUUCUUAGCAGUGCCCACGGCAACGAGAGCAAUACCUAUUUUGACAGAUUUCCCAGAUCCGAGGUUAACACGGCAAUGCGUGAACUGAGUGACAUAAUUUGGAAAGCAGGAGGAUUUCGCUUCAAACACACGGGAACUAAUCAAAAUUUCGCGUAUACCUAUCACUGUUCGCAAGAUCUGAUGCACGCAAGAAGCUAUCAAUCCGCCGUUGAGGCAGAGAAGCAGCGGGAUGGCCGCAGUAUGGCGCGAUUCCCGUGCAAGAGUAAGCUCAAUAUGCGGCCAUGCUUGCAAGACCGAACCCUUAGCCUUUCAAUUCACCACGAAUGGCAUACGCCGUAUGAAGAUAUCGAACUGCCACCAAUGGUGCAGGGACUAAUUAACUCGCGCGUUUCAAGCAAGACGCCUUCAGAAAUCUACCGCGAGCUUCGAGAUAUUCCAGAAGCGAGAACAGUAACAAGACAUCAAGUCUAUUAUCUCUGGCAGAAGGCAAACUCGGAGAUCUGGCGCCGAGAUGCUGAUCCUUUGGUGUCCGCGACGAUGCUCCUUUCCGAGGACCAUCGCUAUCGCGACCACCAUAGUAUCUUUACCGCAGGAAAUGUAAGGGCACUAGGUUUUUUUGCUUCUGAGCCUAUUAUGAGGGUUACUAAGACGACUCCUCAAUUAGUGAUGGAUGCCACGUAUGGAACCAACAGCGGUGGGAUGGAGCUUUUUGCUGUUUUAGCCGAGGUCGAAGGCACCGGCGUUCCUCUCGCAUACUGCCUCGUUGAACUGGUCAAGCCUCAGAAUCCCACGGACACAAAACCAUCCAGGGCAGACCCGGGAGCCAUGACCCGCGUUAUUCAACAGUUCCUAGAGCGACUGAAAGGCUAUGGGCUCAAUCCAGGGAGCUUCGCAAUUGACAAAGAUCCGGCGGAAAUUGGGGCCGUUCAUGCGGUAUGGCCCGGCAUCACGAUUCAGCUUUGCUAUUGGCAUGUCAAGCGGGCUGUCAGCACGAAGCUGAAUUCAUCCAAAGGCGCAAACGUGCUGAGCCACUACCGUCCGGAAGAAGCGCAACAGUUAAUUCCGCACCUCGAGAUUUGCUGGGGCUCUAUUCCUAUCCGGCGACCGGUCAGCCAUCGAUACGGCAGGUGCGAUUGUCCGUCAAAAGAUGAAAGUAUUGAAGCGAAUGGGAGACUGGAACCAGCAACAAAAGAGGAGCGAGAUACAGUUCUUGAAAUAUUCUGCCGCCAUUUCAACCUCCAUCCGCUGAUCCCAGAUCUCAAUGGCACCUACAAAUCCUCGAGUACGCUGCAUCGAGAAUGUGCGGUUGAGAUGUAUACGUGGUGUAAACUUCGUGGGUAUUAUCGUCUCUGGGCGUACCUGUACGUUAACUGGUAUUGCAAGGAGCAGUGGAAGCUAUGGGCGCGAGCGGCUGAUCCCAGUCAAAUCCCCGUAGUGAAGACGACGAUGAUUGCCGAGUCACAUUGGCGAACGCUGAAGCAUGACUAUCUUCAUCGAUUCAACCGACCGCGCGUGGACCUAGUCGUGUGGAUUUUGACAUCCCGCGUCCUUCCUGAUGCAGUUCAUCGGAUGAGAGCCAUUUCGCGGGGCGAGUUUCGAAUAUUCAAAGCCCGGUGGCGGGAGGCAUUCAAGAGGCAGUGGAGAAAGGAAUCUUGCAAGGCCGUUGAUCCAGAGAAGCUGAGGGAAUACCAUACCGAUCCUGUCAAUUGGGUGUGUGCUUGCAAGUCCUUUUUGCUUAGUCGCUUCCUUCUUUGCAAGCAUGUCGUGCAUUGCUUUGAGUCACCGGGCGCAGAAUUUUUUGAAAGUGUUCGUCGGCGAACGACGUACCCUUUCUGGAAAGACGAAGGACUAAAUCUGUUGCCUGAAUACGUGCCGCGAGUGGAAAUACCUCAGCGACUCCCGGAGAACGAUUCUAAAGAGUUGGCAUUCGAUUCCGAGAGUGAUUCAGGGCGAGAUGAGGAUGCUGAUGAUGAGCCAGAUGUGGUGCCCAUCGAGAUCAAGGUUGAGGAGUUCAGAAAAAAGAUGAGGGAUGUUAUGGCACUUUUUGAUGAGCAAGUGGUGAAAGGAAGUGAAAAGUUUAUUGAACGAUUUAUAGCUUCAAACGAAAUUAAUUGUACUUUAUUGGAGGAAGUUGCGCGUUUUCAAAAUAGGCGGAGAAUGCGAUUACGCGCACUUCACUCCGCACUACUUCCUGUUGCCGCAUAUCCUCCGAAGUUCUGCCGAACCGGGGCUCGGGCUCUGUUUCCCUUGCUGUGUUGGCAUGGAAUGCCUCAAAAUGACGGAGAGUUUUGCCAGAGUCCUGAUGCUGAACAAUUAGGGAAGUUGCUGUCAAGCGAGCUUAUCAAGGGAAGUCGCGUAUGGGUGAAGGAUUACGAAGGUAAAUGGCUGAGCAUAUUGGCUGUCUGGGCACUCCAGCCUUGGCGACAUAGUCCGCUCCAUCUGCGACAAUGGCUUUACAAGGGGGUUGCUGUGAUGGAGUGGGCCGGUUACUAA